CAAAAAACAAGUGUCAAAUAUGUAAAAUAUGUCAUUUUUUACGAAAGAUGAAAUUGAUAAACAAUAAUUUAAAUAUUUAAAACCCAGUAAUAUCCACCAAUGUCAGGAUAUAAACGAGUCAGUUUUUAUGAACUUUGCAGAUUGUGCGCCUCUAACAUCCAGAAAGAAAAAACACAUAUUUUCCAGGAGGAAGGAAAAAAAAUUCAACUACAGAAUAAAAUUCAAGUUUGCCUGGCUAUUACUGUCAACGAAAAUGAUUUUUUACCAAAAGUUGUGUGUUCAAAGUGUCUGCGAACUUUGGAAACAUGCUUUGAUUUUCGUCAAGAAUGCGUUAGAUCAGAAUCAAUGCUUUCUGCAUAUUUCAAGAAUUUCAGAUACACAGAUGAUUUCAAGAGAUCUGGAAAAGUUUAUAUAAAAGAUAUUAAACCACCCCCUCCUGUGGUAAUUCAACAGAAUCCUGAAAUAUCAACUUCUGCAAAUAUAGCAAAUACAGUGCCAGUUUCUACUGCUACAAGUGGAUCUCAGAAUAUUAUCAGUGUAAAUAAGAACCAACAAAAUGUUGAACAAGUACCAUUUUAUACCUUACAGCUUCCUACUAUAGUAUCUAAUCCCAAUGUUAAUAGAAAUCAAAAAGAGUUGAUUGACAAUAAGACAACACAAUUGUCGCAGAAUCAGUUUGCAUACAACUUAAAUUUAAUCAAUACAGCUAAUAUAAAAACAAAUUUAUCUGCACCAAAAAGUGAAAUUCUCAGUAACGUUGUUGUGAAUUCGAAUGGAGAAGUUAUAAAUAUAGCUCACAUGGGUGAUUUCGAAACUAUUCUGAAUCAAGGCAGUAUUAUCAAACCAAAACACAAACCUAAUAGGAACUGCAGAGAUAUACAUUCUCUUCACGAUAAUGUUGUACAUAUAGAUUUGACUGAAGAUAACUCUCCUAUGUAUGAAUUAGAUGAUAAUGACCCUAAGUGUAAUAAACUUCCACAUAUAAAAAGUACUCAGACUCAAAACAAAUAUUCAUAUUCGGUAAAAGUUGAUGAUAAGAAUCAUAAUCAAACAGUUAUAUUUCCCAUAUCAGAAUAUAAUCAAAGUUUCAAUAACUUCACUUCUCCUAAUACUAUAUACACACAAUCGAAUUUGAAUUUAGUAAACUCGACCAACCCCAUAGCUGGAACUACCAAUGUUAUUUGUAAUACCUCAACAAAUCUGGAAAAUACCACAUUAAAUAUGAAUGUUUUGAAUCCGAAUAUUCAAGAUAUCAACCAAGCUGCUUAUACCAAUGUUAUUUCAACUAUAUCUUCUUCGAAUACUAACAGUGAACAAGAAAAUUCCAAGGUUGUUGUUCAAGUACCAUUGGAAGACAGUAGUAAUGUAAAUAGUUCACCUAAUCUAUCGACAACAAGUAAUUCAAGUUCGUUGCCCCCUAAAAUUCACUCGUGCGAAGUUUGUUCACGGGCUUUCAAAAGAAAGGAGCACUUAUAUCAACAUGUAAAACUGCACACUGGCUUUCGUCCGUAUGUCUGUGAACAUUGCAAUAAAGCCUUUAUGCGAAAGGAACAUCUAAUUCGACAUAGCACGCUACAUUCAGGUCAGAAGAACUAUACUUGUAAUGUUUGUGAUAAGAGUUUUUCUAGGAAUGAUAAUCUUCUGAAACACAAAAAAACACAUGAAAAACAAGCAAGUUAUACUUGUGACAUAUGUCAGAAACAAUUUGUUAUGAAACAUUAUUAUAAUGCUCAUAAAUUGACUCAUGGGGAUAAGUGCUAUGUUUCUGCUGUGUGGGGAAUGCUUAAAACUUAGUAGAAUUGGGUUUAAAGUAUGCUGUACCAGAUAGCAAAUAGAAAGAUUUUGACUUAUUUGUAAUUUUUGUUGAAAUAGUUUUCUAUCUGGUUGAGCAUAAGUUUCAAAACAUUUAUUUAUAUAUUUAUUUCAUUAGUACAAAGUAUUUAUUAUUUUAUUUGAAUUUAAAAUAUGUGCUGAAAAAGUUAGUGAUGUAUGACUAGUGUAGAAGGCCUUUUGUGUGUUCUACAUUGUCAAACACAUAUUUUUUAGUAUAUUAUAUAUCUGUACUACAAUUUUCACGGUACGUCUAGACUUUUUCAUUGUAUGAAUAGCUUUAAGUGGUAUACCAGAAAAAGCCCAACUAGAUCUUCAAUUGUUUUACCUUUCAAGUAUUGAAUUUUAAUUAUUCAAACCAUAAAUAAUUAAGUAAAAGACACAGUUGUGUAAUCUAUUUUUCUAAUAUCAAGCUUCCUCCAUUGAAUCAUUUAUUUAUUUUCUGGUAUACUCUUGGAAAAAUUGUUAAAAUCUCACACAAAUAUAAAUAGGGUACAUUCAUUGCUUCAGACAAGAAAAUUGUGUAGUCUUUUUUCUUUGGAAUUGUGAUUUAUAAUGUACCCACUAUUGCAUGAAUUACAUUUUUUGAAUAUUGUUUUUGAAUAGAUGUUUUUAUUUAAGUGAAACUACUGUUAUGGCAACAUUAUUUUUAUGCUUUUUUACUUUUGAGUGAAAACGUAUAUAAAUUAUAGAUGUCCUAUUUUACCAAAAAUCUGUAUUAUGAUUAUCUAGUCUGAGAAAAAUUCUCUUCCAAGUUGUAUUUAUUUUUAAAAUAAAAUUGUAUAAAAUUG